AUGAAGAUCUCUGUGGUGGCCUUCAUGUUUCUCCUCCUUGUGGCCUCCAUCUCUCUUUCUAUAUCUGAUGCAUUUGACUUCGAUCCAUCCAGAUGCUGCCCAAAAUAUACUGAGAAAAGGAUUCCAAAGCACCGCGUGAGAAGUUUUUACUACAGCAGUGGGACAUGCAGGCUGCCAUCUGUAGUGUUUAUAUUGAGGAACGGUAUGUCAGCCUGCGUUAACCCAGGAGAGAAAUGGGUCAUGGAUAUUGUGAGAUCUCUGAAAGAAGAACAAAGAUCCUAACUGCUGAGUUUCUGCCAUGCUGAUGUCAACAGAGGAGCUCCAUCUGGGAAAGAGCUACAGUAGAAGCUCAGCCAUGCCUUUGUCACUCCCCACUCUCUCUUCCCACAAAUUCUGGCAAUUUGGUGGCUGAACAGAGUCCCUGCCAAGAGAUUUUGUAGUUAGGAAUCACCUGGACUUGCUGUCCAUACCCAUACUGGGGACUUCAAGGGUUGAGGAU